AUGGACGAGGCGGAGGACGGCGAUGAGGAGCCCAAAUUCCAGCAGCCUCGACCACCUCAAGUAACCAGCUUGUCCGGACGCGCGGAUCAUAUGAGCAGCGGAGGAACCAAGAUGAAGAGAUUUACGCCAGGAGGCGGAGCCGCGUCCAUUGCGCGUAAAAACUCCAACAUCAAUGAGCUGUGGCUCCUGCAAGACGAGGACUCCGCACCUGUCCGUGCCAGUGGCAACACGGCCUCCGCUCUGUUGUGCCGGAGGGAUGCUACUGGAGGGGACACAGUCCCAGAGGCAGGCGUGAUAGCACAGGGAGCCAUCGGUAUGAUAUGCAACAAAAACGGAGAUUGUAGAAGGGACCCGGCCAGUUCAGGGAGCCUCUCUUCUCUCAUCUCAAGGCAGGAGAUGCAGACAGAUGGAGUAGUAGCUGCUGAAGACGGAAAGGGGCAGGCUGCAAGCAUGGACGGCUCUAUCACUUCAGCGGGGUCUCUGACACAGGGGCCGGGCGCCGAGUUCAAGACCGCGGCAGCGAUGGAGAAAAAAGACUCCAGAGUUUCCUUCUCCAACGCCCCAGCUGGUAAAGGACAGACUCCGAGUCAGCAGUCGAGAAAUUCUGUCACAUUUACCAAAGCUGAGGAUGGCUCUCAGAUAGUGCCGGAUGAUGAAGAAUCCAGGGGGAAUCAGACAUACAUGCAGCGGCAGUUUAGUUCCAUGCUUCAGCCCGGAGUUAACAAAUUCUCCCUGCGCAUGUUUGGCAGCCAGAAGGCAGUGGAGAAAGAACAAGAGCGCGUAAAGUCAGCGGGUAAUUGGAUUAUCCACCCAUACAGCGACUUCAGGUUCUACUGGGACUUCACCAUGCUGAUGUUCAUGGUGGGCAACCUGAUCAUCAUCCCCGUGGGCAUCACCUUCUUCAAGGACGAGACCACCAUUCCCUGGAUCAUCUUCAACGUGGUUUCUGACACCUUCUUCCUCAUGGACCUGGUGCUGAACUUCAGGACCGGCAUCGUGUUCGAGGACAACACCGAGAUCAUCCUCGAUCCCAAGAAGAUUAAGGAGAAGUACUUGAAGAGCUGGUUCGUGGUGGACUUCGUCUCUUCCAUACCUGUGGAUUAUAUCUUCCUCAUCGUGGAGAGAGGGAUGGACUCGGAGGUGUACAAAACAGCCCGGGCGCUCCGCAUUGUCCGCUUCACCAAGAUCCUCAGUCUGCUGCGGCUGUUGAGGCUGUCCAGACUCAUCCGUUACAUCCACCAAUGGGAGGAGAUCUUCCACAUGACCUAUGACCUGGCCAGUGCUGUGAUGCGAAUAUUCAACCUGAUUGGUAUGAUGCUGCUGCUCUGUCACUGGGAUGGCUGUCUCCAGUUCCUUGUUCCCAUGCUGCAGGACUUUCCGUCUGACUGCUGGGUUUCCCUCAACAAGAUGGUGAACGACACAUGGACCGAGCUCUACUCCUUCGCCCUCUUUAAGGCCAUGAGCCACAUGCUGUGCAUUGGAUAUGGUAGACAAGCCCCAGAGAGCAUGUCGGACAUCUGGCUGACCAUGCUCAGUAUGAUCGUCGGAGCCACCUGUUACGCCAUGUUCAUCGGCCACGCAACCGCACUCAUCCAGUCUCUGGACUCGUCCAGACGGCAAUACCAAGAAAAGUAUAAACAAGUGGAGCAGUACAUGUCGUUCCACAAACUACCGGCCGACUUCCGACAGAAAAUCCAUGACUACUACGAGCACAGAUACCAGGGAAAGAUGUUUGACGAAGAGAGCAUCCUGGAGGAGCUUAAUGAGCCUCUGCGCGAGGAAAUCGUCAACUUCAACUGCCGUAAGCUGGUGGCCUCCAUGCCGCUGUUUGCCAACGCUGAUCCCAACUUUGUGACAGCCAUGCUGACCAAACUGAGGUUUGAAGUCUUCCAGCCUGUAGACUACAUCAUCAGAGAGGGAACCAUCGGCAAGAAGAUGUACUUCAUCCAGCACGGGGUGGUCAGCGUCCUGACCAAAGGAAGCAUUGGCAUGAAGCUGAUGGACGGCUCCUACUUUGGAGAGAUCUGCCUACUGACCCGUGGCAGACGGACGGCCAGUGUGCGGUCAGACACCUACUGUCGCCUGUACUCUCUCUCUGUGGACAACUUUAAUGAGGUGCUGGAGGAGUAUCCCAUGAUGAGGAGGGCCUUUGAGACGGUAGCCAUUGACAGAUUGGACAGGAUAGGCAAGAAGAACUCCGUCCUGAUGCACAAAGUUCAGCAUGAUCUGAACUCGGGUGUUUUCAACAACCGGGAGAACGAGAUGAUCCAGGAGAUAGUUAAAUAUGAUCGAGAAAUGGUUCAACAGGUCGAUGUACCACGUUCGCGGGCCAUGUCCAUGACACCUCCUCUAUACAGUGAAGGAGUCUUUAAUCCUCCAGGUUCCUCCACCCAUCCCCAUAAUUCCGCAAUUGCCACUCUGCAGCAGGCUGUAGCCAUGAACUUUUGUGCCCCCAUGCAAGGGAACUUGAUGGGAGUAGGGAACCUGCAGUCCCCAAAGAUGGUGAGGAGAUUCCAGGUGAUGGAAAGUGUGCCCAGCCCUGUUUCAGCUUCUCCACUGCAGUCUCAGUUCAUUGCUUCUGGUGCCUUUGCUCCCAUCCAGUCGAGCCCCCCUGUCCAGAGCCCGCUGACACUUGGAGGACGAUCAUUCCAGUAUGGAUCCAGUGCCCUGGCUGGUCCCACCUCAGGCUCCCAGCUUUCUCUAGCCCAGCAGCACAUAGCCAGCCCCGCACACCGGCCCAGCACAUAUAAGAGUACUCAUUCCUUGCAAUUGGGUAGUUUGAGCCAAGACGCCAGGGCACUGUCAGCCUCUCAGCCCUCACUGCCUCAUGAGGGGGGGCAAACAGGUGCCCCUAGUCCCCCCCAGUCUACAAGAGUCUCCUCUACUUCCAUUGGACCCCCUCAGACCCCAUCAGGUCACACAGGCAUCCGGAGCGCUAUACCACCUAAGGUGGUACUGCCCCACCAGAUGUCUGUGGGGGCCAUCCCUGUAGCAUCCCUGCCUGGUUCUGUGCAGAGUUUUGGGGCUGGUGCAGGGAUGGCAGUAGGGGGUGCAGGAACAGGUGUGGGGGACUCGGGACGACCCAAGAAGGACUCUAUAGUGAGCCUUCCUGAGACAGACCACAUCAGAGUCAGAUCCAGGCUAUCCUCAAACUUGUGAUCUUAAUUUAACUCUUCUGGGGGAAGUGGCUCAACGAGGGACUUGACUGCAGGAACACGGGGGAUUUCUGUUCAUUCUUCGACAGUUCCUCUUCUCUCUCUAUUUUAGUUUGACUAUCCGAAUGUAUGAAUGUUGAGUGAGUGGCAGCAGGGAGAAUCUGAGAGAAGACUGUUCGAACAUAAAUUCUGUAUGGUGGUUUUUGAAUCUGCAGCAUUGAGAAGUUUCUACUUGCAGACAUAGUAGUUGCACAGUAGUGGUAAAGUAGCAUCUUCCCAUCUCCAAUUCCUUUAUUUACUUUAUUUUACAACAUAGUCUUGGGCAUAUCUGCUUCACUAUCCUCUCAUUCACCUCAUUUAAUGCAAACUUUGGGUCCAAUGGGACUAAAGGAAAAUCAGGGACCUGCUUCAGAUUUCAGAAGUUGGCACUUUAAUGGGUUUGUACUGUAUCUACCACAUUUUGUCAGUAGGCUGGCUGUAAAAAAAUAUCUUCUCACAAAGGCAUAAUUGUGGUUUUCAUAAAAAGCCAUAAAAAGUCACUCAGCUCUGCAUCUCUAUAGUUUUUUGGCUUUUCUUUAGCUCAUUGUUUUGGCUUUAAAGCCAACAGAUUUUCUGUACAGUUCACCCUUUUUCCAGUAGCAAAAUGCAGCAGUUUUCAGCAGAAACGCUUCCUUAAACCCAUUAUGUGUGACCUGCACAUUUAGCAAGCUAAAGAACCAGAUAUCUUUCUCAGGAGUUGGUGAACCAGAUCUAAAAGGCAAGUAAAUAUAUAGAGAUAGGUGACCAGAAAGAUGACUUCAGUGGGACUAUAAUGUUGCUUGUGUGUCCUGGAUAUGUAAGUAUCAGAUUGUUUGCUAACAUGUCUGCCAUAACAACUUGAUAAAGUAAUAAUAUGUCAGGGCUGUCAGCUUGUUUUGCCGUUUAUGUUCCCCCAAGUGGCCAAAACUUGAUUAAUGUAGCUUUAAGAUUCAUAAAUUAACAAGAUCCAAUCAAAAUACACCUGACUAAAAGACACUUCUUCCUAACAGCAUAUUUAAUAUCUGAAAUAAUGGGUUUAUGUAAGUAAUAACAUCCCACACUAUUGUAUCUUAGAAAUUAUAAUUCACUGCCAGUUAAUUACACAGAAUUUUAUACGACUCAAAAUGGAAAUCCAUUAAAACUCACAUAACAAAAUAUAAAUUCAUUCUUUUCUAACCAUUUUCACAUUUUUUGUAGCAGUUUGGGCAUUGUGUCACUAUGCCAAAGUCAUUUCAUGAAACUCCCACAAAACUCAGCCUUACUGUAAACGCUACAGCUUUGAUUGACAUCCAAGGACAGUGCAGAUACUUUGCAGGAUGUAUUUUGCAGUGUGGCUCUGUCAUUAAUGCCUCAAUAAGGAUUGCUACUGAUUUGUGACCAAAAGCAUUAGAAAGGGAACCUUUUCUCCUGGACCUUACAUUUUUUUUUCACCUCAUCUGACUAAUGCCUGAACCAUUACUGGGUAAUGAGAGUGGAAAUUGGAAUCCCUCGGGUCUGUUUGGGACUGUUAUUAUUCUCCUCUGAUUGGAUUUUAUUAUUCAGAGCCAAUAAUGACUUCUUCUUCUAUGAUCGUUUUGCAUUUUCAUUUUGUUUAGUUUCAGUUCCUGCGUUGUUAUCCACCUUGAGAGUCAUCAACGGGAAAAAAAGUUGAAGGUUUGUAAGUAUUUUUAAACAGUGUUUUUUGAGGUCUGUUGUGUUCUUGUUUUAUGCCCAAAUUAUGCCCUGUGGAACCUAUUUGGAUGCUUGAAAAAAUAAUUAAUACAGAGGCUCGUUAUGAGAAUAGUGUUCAACUGAACUUCACAUUGUGUCCUGGAGGCAAUGUCUUAGGACAGGAAAUGCAUUUAGUGACUAAAUAAGUUUAUAGAGUUUUAUACUUCAUUAGAAUGUACACAGUAGAGGAAUGCAGGCGGCAGGAUGAAUUGCAAAAAAGGGUCAGUA